UGCGCAAGCUUGCAAACUGGGAAACCAGGCCUAUUUCUAGCUACUUGAUAAAGCAUUAGGUAUUACUUAAAAUAGCUCUUGAAUGAGAUACAGUUUGAAAUAUGACUAAUGAUAUAUCCAAACGAAAGGGGAAGAGUUCAGGUGAAAAAAAGACGAAAAGAAAAGCCAAAAGAAGAGAAACUUACGCAAUGUACAUCUAUAAAGUGUUGAAACAGGUUCAUCCAGACACGGGGAUUUCAAGCAGAGCCAUGAGCGUCAUGAACUCCUUCGUGAACGACCUGUUUGAAAGAAUUGCUACCGAAGCGUCCCGACUGGCUCAGUACAAUCAACGCUCCACCAUCACCAGCAGAGAGGUGCAAACUGCAGUGAGGCUGCUACUGCCCGGGGAGCUGGCUAAACACGCUGUGUCUGAAGGCACCAAAGCUGUCACUAAGUACACCAGCUCUAAAUGAAGACUUCAACACACUCUGUGUUGUUAUAAAGGCUUCACAUUUUUUGCAUCUCUCAAUAAAUGCAUAAAAAAAAAGAGGUCCCACUUUUCAAUCCUCCACUCAUUUAGGAAAAAAUAGUAA